AUGAAAUCAGUAUCACGUGAAGGGAGGAAAUUUACCUCCGAAUUUUAUCAAGCUGGUAAUUUUAUACUUUAUAAUAGUCAAGAAGAAGCAGGUGAUAAUCAACGGCUAAGACAAAUUAAUGCUGUUUGGUUAACUGAAAAUCGUGAAGCAAUUAAUGUGGAUUGUGUAGUAGUACACCAUGUUAAAGUUUGGCUUGAAAAUUUACCAGAAUCUGAAAAUUAUGAUUAUCGAAUUAGAGAAAUUUUAUAUAUCCAUAAUAAUCGAUCAAAAAUAAGGCAAAUUCACCAACAACAUCAAUUACCAAAUCAGCAUAACUUUCAAAGAUUAUCUUUUCCGCUUAAUUUACAACAUUUAAAAUUUUUUAUUGAUUUAUACUAUAAUGAUUUUGAUGCAUUUGGUAAAUCUUAUUACAAACUUGGUGGAAUUUAUAUACAGUUUGGCAAUAUGCCACUUUCAAUGAGACAGUGUUUUAAAAACUACUUUUUAAUUGGUUUAAUACCAUUUGAUGCAAAAUUUGCAGAUUUUAUUAAGCCAUUUAUUCAACAAAUGCAAAUAUUGCAAAAUGGUAUUAUUAUGACUAAUUAUAAUGGAGAUAAAGUAAUUAUUUCUGGAGGUCUUGGUAUGUGUAUACCACAAGGUAACAAUUUAGCAGGAAUUAGAAGACAUAAUACUGAUCAUGGAUGUCGUACAUGUGAAGUAACUCAAGAAGAUCUUAAUAAUACUUAUUUUGAUAUUCAAUUAAAUGGAAGAUAUUUUGAUGAAUAUAAUGAUUAUAUCCUUUUGAAAAAAAGACUUGAACAAGUUACUGAGGCAUUAUUAAAGGUUUUUAGAGAAACAUUUUCAAAUUUACCAAACCUCCAUGCUCUUCACCAUUUACCCGAAAUUGCAAGAAAUUUUGGAAUGUUAGUUAAUACUUCAGUUUCGUUAAAGGAAGCAGUACAUGGAUUAUAUAAAAGAACUGUCUUGCAUACAAAUAAAAAAGAUCUAUCAAUGGACCUUUCAAAACGUGAUAAUACUCUUCAAACUUUAAGAUACUUAUUGGAUGAAAUUUUUUCUAUUCAUCCUGACUUUCAAAAUAUUCAGGUUUAUGGACUAUGGAAACAAUUUAAAAUUCAAGAGCAAGGUUUAUCAACAACUCUUUCUACAGAAAAUUUAUUAACUGAAAUUACAAAAAUUUAUAAGGAUGUAUAUAAAAAUUUCAGUGCCAUUAUUCAGCGUCGUGUUAACUACUAUGAUUCUAUUCAAUUUACUGUACAUUUAGAAUCUGACGUUUAUGUUAAUAUCACAUUACGAGUUGGUGAAGCAAUUGAUGUAGAAGUUGCUGAUAGUCAUGGUGAACAAUCCUAUGCACUAAUUAGGGUAAUUAUGAUUCAUCAAGACGACUCUGGUAAUAAUAAUCCAUUUUUAUUAAUUGACUGGUUUUAUAGAAAUGGAAAUGUUGAUUCCGUAACUGGAUUUCCAAUUUAUGGACUUCAAAAGAAGAGAUGUCGAUUCAUGGUAUCACCUUCAACCUCUAACAAUAGUAGAUCGACAACUUAG